AUGUGGAUGCGAGUCACUUUGUUCGAGGGACGAGCCGCUGUAGAACAGACAAUAGAACGAAAACAGUGCCGGAGUAAAGAACCGGAUUUUCGCAAUGACGGCGUAUUUCUUCUCAUGGUAUUUGCACGGGAUACAUGA